ACUACCUCUCCUCUCCUCUACUCUCCUCUCCACUCUGAUUCUGAAAAGCCUCUUAAUUUCUUCUUCUGAAAGAAUCAUCAGAAAGACAAUGAAGCAAAUGUUGAAGGAUAGGGGUCAUCUUGUUGGAGAAACUGAAAUCAACAUGACGACAGAGCAAUUCAUUUCGAAAUAUGGUGAGAAAAUGAAAAGGGAAGAUCUCGUUAUCAACAUAGCAAAGCACAGUGAUGACACUGGUCAGGCAUAUCUUCCCUAAUUCCUUUCUUGUUCAAUUCGUGUAUGGUUUUCUUGUGGUUUGUGUUAUUAUCAAGUUUGGGAGGAGUAGAAUAAACUAAGAUUAUUUAACACCAUGUUUGGAAAGGGGAAAAAGUGGGAAGAAAGAAAAUUCCGAAAAUAAUUUUAGAAUAAAUUAAGAGGCUCCUCGCGUCCUCUACACUGUAUCACUCUCUUCCCCUUCCAACGAUAUCUGAUUUGCCUCCUUCUCUCCUUCAAUCACUUUUUAAUUGUUCAUUUGUGUGCUCUUCUGGGUUUUUUUCGUUUUCUUUGGAUUGUUCGAUAUGAGCACAUUGCGUCAUUUAUUCAAACAAGUCAGCUUUUUGGGUGUAUCUUGAUUUCUAAUUGUGCAGGCGGAGAAUGCAUAUGGUGAUUUGAGCAACAAGGUAGUGGCAGAUUUUGGUUGCGGGUGUGCCACCCUUGGUGCUGCUGCUGCUCUUCUUGAUUCUCCCCUGUUUUUGUAUUUACACUUUCACUAUCAUCUUAGUUUAAUCUGUGUGAUGCUUUUGGUCAGACGUCUUCAAUUAGAAUUAUUGAUGAUUUUCAUCUGUAAGCUGUGUUGUUUUUUGAACAUCAGUCUGAGUGGUGUUCAUUUUGUUGCUUGUUAUGUCUACUAAUUUAGCAACAGACAGAUGAUUGGUAUUGACCUGGAUUCUGAAUCCCUCGAGAUAGCAUCACUAAAUGCAGAGGAACUCGAGGUACUUAAACUUGUUGGUCACUUGGUGGUUUUGGGAAAUUAUGAUGUCUGGGGAUUUUUUUGGGUCAUUCUGCAGCUUUAUUUUCAUGGAAUACAAUGCUUGCACAGGAAAAAAAUCACUUUGCUUGUUUGUAUAUGUAUUGUAGAUAUAAGAUAUGGUUCCAAAAUGCAGAUGAUUACAUUAUCUGUUCUGCAUUCCUAGUUAAAUGUUGCAUUAUUGAUGAUUAAUUGAUGUACAUUUGCCCUGUUAAAUGGUUGAGCCUGCAGAUGGACAUAGAUUUUCUACAAUGUGAUGUCAGGAGCUCAGGAUGGAGAGGUGUUGGGAGAAGGGGAGAAAGGGAAAUCGAAUCUUGAUCAUUAAGGAUUUCUAAACAUGUUUUGCCGACUCAUCCAGUGGAUUUUAGGCUUGCAAGUAGCCAUCAUCAGUGGAUAAAAAAAAGAAAGAGAAUAUGAUUCUAUCAGAAGAAAUUAAGAGGCUUUUCAGAAUCAGAAAGACAAUGCUGCAAAUGCUGAAGGAUAGGGGUUAUCUUGUUGGAGACAUUGAAAUCAACAUGACGAGAGAGCAGUUCAUUUUGAAAUAUGGUGAGAACAUGAAAAGGGAAGAUCUUGUUAUCAACCGAGCAAAGAGCAAUGAUAACACUGAUCAGAUUUAUGUGUUCUUUCCCAAAGAAGAGAAGGUUGGAAUCAAGACACUGGAAAUUUAUACCACCCGCAUGAAAACUGAGAAUGUUUGUCGAGCAAUAUUGGUUGUUCAACAGAAUUUGUCUCCAUUUGCUCGAAAACAUAUAUUUGAGAAUGCUUCAAAAUUCCACUUAGAGGUUUUCCGGGAGGCAGAAGUGUUGUUCAACAUCAAAGAGCAUGUUCUUGUACCAGAGCAUCAAGUGCUUACAGAUAAAGAAAAGAAGACAAUAUUGCAGAGAUACUCUUUGAAAGAAACUCAACUGCCUCGUAUUCAUGUGUCUGAUCCGAUUUCUAGAUAUUAUGGGCUGCAAAGGGGACAAGUUGUGAAGAUCAUCAGGCCAAGUAUAAUUGGCGGACGACAUAUUACCUAUAGAUUUGUUAUAUGAACCGAAUAUAUUCACUGUUGCGGAUGGUUUGAUUGGAACGGAUAUGACCAAAGCAAAAGCUGGAGGACAUAACAAAUGAAGAAAUUUCAGUGAUAUUAUUGAUCUAAGCAUAGCUUAGAGUGCUGAUGUUGAAAAUUUUCUAGUGAAUAUGAAAGUAUGUUCAGCUACUCCCUGUCCCUCUCACUCUGUCACACUCAAAUAAGACACUCAAUCCCUCACCAGAGCUGUCAAUCUUUCUUAGCUCCUCCUCUACUUCUUAUUCUUCUUAUCGACUAAUUGAAUUCCAUCGGUAUUAUCGAUGCAUGCCGUAGAUUUACUGUUAAUGGAUGUUGCAAAUUCGAUACAAAGUCUUUACUUUUUAAGAUUUGCUUCAUAUUGUACAUUAAAUUUGUGAAAAUAUAAUU